GAUAAGGCCAGUCUCACCUCCGGUUUUAUUCCCUCAGCUCCAUGGCAAUCCUCUCCCUAAGCCUACAGAAGCCUACCCCCCGCUUACCCAACCACUGCCGCUUCCGCCGGCGAGUUGCUUCCCCAUCCAACCAAAGCCUCCGCCCCAUCUCCGCCAUACGCAGGAUCCCCUCAGCCCCGCCAACGAAGCCUCCGGGAGAGCUCUACCAGCCUUUCCGCCCUCCUCCGUCCCCUCUCCCUGCCAAGUACCGCUCCCUCGGCCCCGCAGAACGCCUCGAGAUCCUCCGCAAUCGCCUCGGUCUCUGGCAUGAGUACGCACCCCUCAUCUCCUCCCUCUCCCGUGACGGAUUUACCCCUCCCUCCAUCGAGGAGAUCACUGGAAUCACUGGCGUGGAGCAGAAUCGCUUUGCCGUCGCUUCCCAAGUGCGGGAGUCUCUCCUCUUGCCCGCCUUCCCAACCGACAUACUAACCUUCUUUGACGCUUCCUCAGGCGCCGAUCUCCUCUACGAGCUCCGCCUCCUGAAUGCCGCACAGCGUGCGGCCGCUGCUUGCCAUGUGGUCCACCAUCGCCUCGACCCUAAGGCUGCUCAGGAGCUCGCACGAGCCAUUAAAGAUUUUUCUCGCCGCAGGGGUGAAGAGGGAUGGAAGUGCUUCUCUGCUGCUUCCCCUGGAGAUUGCCUGGCUUACUUGGACUUUAGGCUGAGCCGGGAGGCAAUAACGGACGGGGAUCGCGUGGCAGCUCUGGAGAAGGCGUUGGAGGAGGCUGAAUCGGACAGUGCGAGGAGGAGGAUUACGGAGGAGCUGGAGAAGCGGAGGAAGGGGGAGCCUACGGAGGAGGAGAUGGAGAAGGCAGCGUCGGCGAUUGUGCCGGUGGUGAGGCUGAGGUACGGGGAAGUUGCUGAGGCUUCAUCGGUGGUGCUACUACCGGUUUGUCGAGCGGAAGAAGGGGGGGAGGAAGUGGAGGCUGCACCAGCGUUGUGUAAAUUGGAAGGUGCGAUGGGGGUGGUUAAUGCGGAGAGGAGAUGGGGGAGGUGGGUUGUGCUUCCCGGGUGGGGACCGGCAGCAGAGGUGGGGAAGAAGGGAGGGGUGGCGGUGGAGUUUCUGGAUGGGAGAGUGUUGCCGUGGAGGAAAAAUAGAUGGGCGAAGGAGGAGGCGGUGUUGUUGAUUGUGGAUAGGAAGAGGAAUGAGGUGGAGAAGGAGGUGGAUGAGUUAUAUUUGGUUAGAGAUUGGAAGAAAGAGAAUGGGUUGACGGUGGAGAGAGGGAAGAAGCUUUUGGAAAUGGGGAUGAAGACAGAGGCGCUUGGGGCGGUGGUGCUGGUGGUGAGGCCGCCUAAAGAGGAGGAGGACGGCCAGUUAAUCGACGACGACUGGGAGUGAACGAGUACCUGCUAGCUACUAAUUCGGGUAUUUCUCACAGAAUGUUCGUCGGGAAGAAGAUAAGAACUCAUAUGGCGUAGAAUAAAACUUUUUUUUUCUUUUUUUAGUUCUUAUGAAAAAAUUUGGUAAAGUUCUUAUGAAAAAUAAACUGAGAUUUUUGAGCAAUCCCUUUAAGGCUAGAAGUUGCAUUUGAUACAGUUUGUUGUGAGAUUUGUGACACUGCCUGGCAAUUCAAAAAAUGAAAAUGCUUAAUUUUGUUCA